CGUGCUUUUUGUAGUAAAAAAUAACUUCAAAUGUACAAACGUGGAUUUUAGUGCGGAUCGAAGUUUAGAAAAUUCUAUUUAAUUAAACUAAAUUAAUCCAAAACCAAUUGAAAUCUCUUUUAGAUUUUCAAUUACUCACAGUAAAUAAAACUCAUAUUACUAACAAUGUCGAAACGCUCUCAGCCAGCUUGGCAACAGCCAAAUACUCAAGAACGACCUAAAUUAAAACUUUACAAUAGUUUAACAAGACAAAAAGAAGAAUUCAUUCCUUUGGACGGUAAUAAUGUUCGGUGGUAUAGCUGCGGUCCAACUGUAUACGAUGCAUCACACAUGGGACAUGCCAGGUCUUACAUAUCUUUCGAUAUUCUUCGACGUGUACUUUCUGAUUACUUUGGCUACAAUAUUCAAUAUGUCAUGAACAUUACUGAUAUCGAUGACAAAAUAAUAAAGCGUGCCCGACAAAAUUAUCUUUACGAAAAGUACAAGAAGAAUGUUGGAGCUGUGACAGCUGUGUUGGCUGACCAGCAAGCUGUUCUGGAAGAUUUUCAGAAAACUUGUGACAAAAACACCGACCCUGACAAGAAAACCAUGCUUGACAAAUCGCUAGCAAAGAUGAAUGCAGCUGUGGAACAGCUUAAGGCAGCCGUCUUGACUGGUGUAGCGGAUAAAAUAGAGGAAGCUAAGUUAAAUUACUUGGCCGAAGCUAAAGAUCCAAUUGCUGAGUGGAUGGACAAGAAAGAAGGCGACCAGGUGACCGAGAAUUCCAUAUUUGAGGCUUUGCCUAGUUACUGGGAGGAUGAAUUCCAUAACGAUAUGCGCGCGUUGAAUAUCCUCCCACCAGAUGUACUUACGCGUGUUAGUGAAUAUGUCCCCCAAAUUAUAGAAUUCAUUCAACGGAUUAUUGCCAAUGGACUGGCAUACCCAGCCAAUGGUUCGGUUUAUUUCGAUGUGAAUGGAUUUGAUAAAAAACAAAAUCAUCAUUAUGCUAAAUUGGUUCCUGAAGCAUAUGGAGACACAAAAUCACUACAAGAAGGAGAAGGUGAUCUGUCGCUGGCCGAAGAUCGUUUGUCUGAAAAACGUUCACCUAAUGAUUUUGCUUUGUGGAAAGCGAGCAAAGGUGGUGAACCAUUUUGGGAUAGUCCUUGGGGACGUGGGCGUCCUGGUUGGCAUAUCGAAUGCUCUGCCAUGGCCUCUGAUAUUUUUGGUCAAACCAUGGACAUUCACACAGGUGGCGUGGAUUUGAAAUUCCCUCACCAUGACAAUGAAUUGGCUCAAUCCGAAGCUGCCUACGAUCACCCCGAGUGGGUUAAGUAUUUUCUGCACACCGGCCAUCUCACAAUAGCCGGAUGCAAGAUGUCAAAAUCAUUGAAAAACUUUAUUACCAUUCAACAAGCACUGAAAAAACACACUGCAAGUCAGUUGCGAUUGGCGUUCCUCAUGCACUCGUGGAAAGACACUUUGGAUUAUUCAGAAAACACAAUGGAAAUGGCCGUACAGUAUGAGAAGUUUUUGAAUGAAUUCUUCCUCAAUGUCAAAGACUUAACACGACAUUUUGCGACGGAAAAACCUCGUAGACACUUUGAUGCAUGGCGACCAGCUGAGGAAGCUCUACAGACCAAGUACAAUGCGACUCAAGCUCAAGUUUACGAGGCCUUAUGUGACAACGUUGAUACUCGUUCAGCACUGGACUGCUUGCGAGAUCUAGUUUCUGCAUCAAACAUCUACAUUCGCGAUAACAAGUGCAGCAAAGUAAAUGCCUUGCUUUUGCGUAAGAUCGCAUUGUACAUCACUGAUAUGCUAAAUAUUUUCGGUGUCAUUGCUGCCCCGCGUGGUGGAAUCGGAUUUCCAAUUUCGAACUCCGCAAACGGCAAUGCAAAUGAUGCCGAUGUUGAGAGAAUUGUUAUGUCUUAUCUCACUGCCAUGGCUGAGUUCCGUAAUCAAGUUCGAGAUCAAGCUAAAACCUUAAAAGCGGUUGAUAUCUUAAAGCUCUGCGAUGAUUUGCGUGAUGAAGUUCUUCCCAAUUUGGGAGUUCGUUUGGAAGAUCGAGAAUGUGGUGAAUUUGCCUUGAAGCUUGUCGACAAAGAAACCCUUCUGAAAGAACGUGAAGCGAAAAAAAAUCUCGAAGCUGAAAAGGCUGCGGAAAAGGAGAGAAAAAAACAAGCAGCAGCUGCUGCCAAUGCCGCCAAGGAAGCGCAAAAGAAAAUAGACCCGAAGAAGAUGUUUUUAGGUGAAACCGACAAGUAUUCAGCAUUUGACGCUAAUGGCUUACCAACUCACGAUAAAGAAGGCAAAGAAAUAAGCAAAGGUCAAACUAAAAAACUACAAAAACUGCAACAGCAACAGGAAGCGCGGUAUAAGGAAUAUAUGGAAAGUGUGAACGGUGCUUAAUAGACGGACAUAGGGGGUGUUUCUUAAAUUUAAAAUGUUUUCCUCGUUAAUUAUUUGCCUUUUGAUUUCGUAUGAAAUAAAUUAUUUAAUUCAUAUUUAAUGUCAUAUUUAAGUUCUAUUUUUUGUAACGGCUUUAUUUAUAAAUUUUAUUUACUAAAAAAAUCAAAA